AUGGAGGAGAUUGUGGUUGAGAGUCUUCUCAGAGGCAACAGAGAGGCUCAGAUAGAAGCAGCUAUAGAGCUGAGUAAUCUAACCAGGAAGCAGAGACAAAAACUCUCAGAAAGAGAAAUCAUUUCUCCAUUGCUCUCAAUGUUACAAUCUCAUGACUCUAUCACCACAGAAGUUGCUCUCUCUGCAUUACUCAGCCUUGCCUUUGGCAGUGAAAGGAACAAAGUCAGAAUUGUGAAAUCUGGCGUAGUACCAAUGUUGCUAGAGAUUCUCCAGUCAGAGACGAAGAUGAUUAUAACUGAAUUGGCUAUGGCGUUUCUUCUGAUACUCUCUUCAUGUAACAAGAACAAGGUCAAGAUAGCAUCAUCAACCAGGUUGAUUCAGCUUCUAGUAGGACUUAUUGGACUCGAUACACUAACAAUUCAGGCCAAGCUUGAUGGGAUCGCAACACUACACAAUCUAUCAACUCUCCAUCAGAUUGUUCCUUUAGUCAUAUCUUCAGGAGCACCGUAUGCUCUGCUUCAAGUCAUCAACUUUUGCGAUAAAUCAUCAGAAUUAGCUGAAAAGGCAACAGCUUUGCUCGAAAACAUAAUCACCCAUUCGCCGGAAUCGAUUUCCAGCAUCGCCGGAGCAAUUGGUGUUCUUGUGGAAGCCAUUGAAGAAGGGUCAGGACAGUGUAAAGAGCACGCAGUAGGAGUAUUGCUCUGUGUUUGCAACUAUGACAGAGAGACGAACAGGGGAAUGAUACUGAGAGAAGGAGUGAUGCCUGGAUUGCUUCAGGUGAGCGUAGAUGGGACACGUAGGGGUAAAGAGAUGGCGAGAGAGCUCUUGCUUCAGCUGAGGGAUUGUUCUGGGUAUGUCAUUAAGAACAAACAAUCGAAGAGUGAGAUUGUUGAGCAGAUUAUGAGGGAGAUUGAUCAAGAAGGCGAGCGAAUACCAGGAACUAUGUUGAAGUUGGUCGAAGAGAUGAUUUCUAAACUCAGCACAUAG